UGGGCUCUGCAGCCUGUCCCCGGGAAACCGGAAGAGCUGAGAGAUGAACGUGAGGCGGUCCCUGCUCGGCCUCACCUUUUGCACCUGUUACCUGGCUUCUCACCUCACCAACAAGUAUGUCCUGUCUGUCCUGAAAUUUACCUACCCUACAUUAUUCCAAGGGUGGCAGACGUUCAUUGGUGGACUUUUGCUUCAUAUGUCGUGGAAACUGGGCUGGGUGGAGAUCCACAGCAGUCUAAGGUACAACAGGGCGGUUCCUGUGUUUUUCAUUUUGCAUAAUGUAGCUGAAGUUCUCACUUGUGUGUACCAGCAGUGUGUCUGGAAAGAGAAAACAUCGCUCUCAAAGAUCUGUAGUGCCCUCUUCCUCUUGGCUGCUGUAGGGUGCCUUCCCUUUCAGGACUCUCAGUUUGAUCCAGAUGGAUAUUUUUGGGCUCUAAUCCACUUCUUUUGUGUAGGUUCUUACAAAAUACUUCGGAAAUCCCAGAAGCCCAGUGUGCUGAGUGACAUUGACCAGCAGUACUUAAACUAUAUAUUCAGUAUGGUACUCCUGGCAUUUGCAUCUCAUCCCACAGGUGACCUCUUCGGUGCCCUGGACUUUCCAUUCCUGUAUUUCUACAGAUUCCAUGGCAGCUGCUGUGCCAGUGGAGUUUUGGGAUUCUUUCUCAUGCUCAGUACAGUAAAGCUGAGAAGUGUUCUGGCCCCAGGGCAGUGUGCAGCCUGGGUCUUCUUUGCUAAGGUCAUCACAGCUGGCUUGUCGCUGUUGCUGUUUGAUAUGGCCCUGACCAGAGCAACUGUGGGAUGCUUCCUGCUUGGUGGACUUGGCGAGGCCCUGCUGGUUUUCUCAGAGCAGAGGAGUUCCUCAUGAAGAUGGGCAAGGAAAGGAAGCAUGCAGCUUGCUGCUGGAGAACACAGCACCUGGCUUCCCUCUUGAGAGCGAUAGAAAGAACACAUUAGAGUGAGACCAAGCUGAGGUUUCCAGCUGGACAAAGCUGUGAGUGUGCAUGCCUCAGCCAAGCUGAACACAUUGACGACUGAUAAGUCAAACAGCCUAUUUUCUUAUUACUUAGGGAAAUUUCCCAGGGACCUCUGCACCACUGCAGAGAAAGAGUCCAUCUUAUAUGCUGAACCAACUCCUUUCUGCUGCACCAAGUUCUGUGGGAUCAGGAAGCAGAGGAUCUUAAUGGGAUGGCCCUGUCAGCUGGACGGAUCCCAAAGGCCUCCCACCAGAUACUGCUUUGGAAUUGAUGUCACAAUCCAUGGAAUCUUGUUGCAUUUUGGGGAGUUGUUUUGUGUCUUUACAUCUUGGAGUCUUUUAUACCCUUUGAUUUUUCUGUUUACCCUGGAGCCCAUGCCUACCCAUACAAAAUAAGACAGGGCAGGUGUCGGGGCUAGCAGGGGAGCUAGAUCAAGCUGGAUCUAAAAAAGAUCUUUAGAUUGUGGAGUAGUGACCCUUGCGGUUAUACUGAUGUGUUUCCAGUCUCUAAAUUUCUCUUGUUCUUUUGAGUUUGUCAGGAUGUGUUGACUCUGUAGACCAUCUGAGUGCUGAGAUUACAGGCAUUAACUAGACUAUGCUUAGCUUUUCUUCUUUAAAUUCUUUAAUAUAUGUAAUUUCUUCAUAUCUCAGAAGAGAUCUCAAGUCAUUCAGCACUGGACUUUAUCCCUUACACUAGAUUAAUAAUUAAAGUCCCAUAACUUACCACUAGAGAAUAAACCACUUUAUGUAAAAUA